AUGUUGCGCGGGGCCGCUGACGCGCGCAAGUCUACGGGGGGUUCCGCGGGCGCGGAUCCGUCAGCGCGCGGGGGCGCGGGCGCGGACCCGUCAACGGGGUACGGAGCGCUGUUCCGGCUGGCGCUGCCGUCCAUUCUGCUGCAGAGCGGCGCGCCUCUGGCGAUCACGGUGCAGACGGCGCUGCUGGGUCGCAAAGACACGCAGCUCGUCGCCGCGUGGGCCGUCGUUGCGAGGCAUGUGGCGCGCGCGGGAGGCAUGGGGAUUCGCGCGCGGGGCAUGGGUGCACGGAAUGCGCGCGCGGGGCAUGGAGAUGCGCGCGCCGGGCGUAGGGAUGCGCGCGUGGGGCAUAGGGAUGCGCGCGCGGGGCAAGGGAAGCGCGCGGGGCAUAGGGAUGCGCGCAUGGGGCAUAGGGAUGCGCGCAUGGGGCAUGGGGAUGGCCGGCGGGGCAUGGGAAUGCGCGCGCGGGGCGUGGGGAUGCGCGCGCGGGGCGUGGGGAUGCGCGGCCGUGGAGAUGCGCACGUGGGGCCUGGGGAUGCGCGCGAGUGGCAAGGGAUGCGCGCGCGGGGCAUGGAGAUGCGCGCGCGGGGCAUAGUUAUGCGCGCAUGGGGCAUGGGGAUGCCCGGCGGUGCAUGGGGAUGCGCUCGCGGGGCGUGGGGACGCGCGCGAGGCGCGGGGAUGCGCGCGCGGGGCGUGUAUGCGCGUGCGGGGCGUGGAGAUGCGCGCGCGGGUCGUGGGGUUGCGCGCGCGGGGCGUGGGGUUGCGCGCGCGGGGCGUGGGUAUGCGCGCGCGGGGCAUGGGGAUGCGCGCAUGAGGCAUGGGGAUGCGCGCAUGGGGCAUGGGGAUGCGCGCGUGGUGCCAACAGCUGGUUCGGUUGCCUUCAGUCUCCCACCUCCUCACUUCUCAAAACUCUUAAGCUUCUCUCUUCUCCAUUGCCCUCAUUCCUGUCACCAAAGUGGUAGCAGUGGGGCCGUGGGCGCAGGUGGGGGUACGGACCCGCCUGGCGUUCGCCAUGGCUCUCGCCACCAGUGCACUGGCCGUGGGUGCACCAAGGGGCUCCUGUGGGCGCCCACAGGGUGUCCACAAAUGCCUUACUACCUCCCCUCCACCUGCGUCCCUCUGCUGUGCAUCUUCCCUGCAGGUCACCAAAGUGGUAGCAGUGUGGGCAUGGGCGCAGGUGGGGGUGCGAAUCCGCCUCGCAUUCCCCAUGGCUCUACCCACCAGUGCAGUGGCCGUGGUGCUGCUGCUGUCCUCGCAGGUUGCUGUUUGUGCGCUGAUGUUCACCCUACCACCCCCUCCCUCUGCUUCCCCUCUGCUGUGCGCGUCUCUGAGCUGCUCCUCCUGCAGGUCACCAAGGUGGUGGCAGUGGGGGCGUGGGCGCAGGUGGGGGUGCGGAUCCGUCUCGCAUUCGCCAUGGCUCUAGCCACCAGUGCAGUGGCCGUGGCGCUGCUACUGUCCUCGCAGGGGCUGCUGUGGGCGCUGCUAAGGGACUCGCCCUCUGUGCUGCAGUACGCUAAGAGUUACUUUUACUUGAGAGUCAUGGGCGUGCCGCCACAGCUGCUGGUCAUGUGCACUUCGGGCGUGCUGCAGGGGUAUAAGGUGCGGAUUAGUACAAGGUAUGAAGCGUCUGGCACUCAUCCGCUGCCCUUCCCUCCGCAUUUCUCCCCAUCACCCUCCAUACAAUUCUCUCAGCACGUGGCGCUGGUGGCAUGGCUGCAGGCAGCACGAGCGCUGCUGGACGUGGCAGCGUCCUACCUCUCCCUCUACGUGCUUGACUGGGGCAUCGUGGGUGUUGGCAUCGGCACCUUUCUCGCAUCCUGCACUGUCGCAGCCGUUUCCUUCGCCUGUAUCCUCCUCCUACCGCCUCCCCAGGGCAGAGGGAAGAUCGUUGUUUUCCCACCGAUCCUGUCGUUUCUGGCUGGGAAGGUUGCCGUGCCGCAGGUUUUGCUCUGCCGAGCAUUGAGCCAACGGGUUUCCCGGACCUGCUCAAAGGUUCGGGUGGGUGGUUCGGCGGCGUUGGGGGAUGCUCAGGUGUUCCUGCUGGAUGGGAGGGAGAGAGAGGGGGCAGGGGAGGAGGUGGGGAUCAUAGAGAUGAGAGUUCUUGAGGUUCUUGAAGGGAGAAUGUCCAAGGCGGGUGGAGGUCUUGUUUCAGCGCGUGAGGAUGAUCAUUGGCCAGACGAGUGUGGGCGUGGAGAUGAGGUGGGAGAGAGGGACGAGCCGGCAAGCAGAGUGGGCGGUUGGGAGGACAUGCUUGUGAGUGGGGAUGGAAGGGACAUGCGUGUGAGUGGGGAUGGAAGGGACAUGCGUGUGAGUGGGGAUGGAAGGGACAUGCGGGAAGGGGGUUGUGAAGAGAGUGUGGAGGUUAGAGUGGUGGUGGGGAGGGAGGAAUCUUCCGCGAUGCUGUUUUCGAAGUCUGGGAAGGAAGAGAGUGUGGAGAAGGGAGGGAGUGGGGGCAGUGAAGUGGGAGAAAGGAGGGGUGGAGAGAACGGAGAGGGGGCGGAAGGGAAGUGCAAGGCGGAAGCGAUGGAGGAGGAGAGAAUAAAUGAGGUGCUGAAUGAGAGCACGUGGACGUUUCUCUGGGACGGAUUGAGCACCAUCCUCAGAAGCACACUUGUACAGCUCUCUUUCUUUCUCGUGCUCGCCUGUGCCACUUCUCUUGGAGUGCAUGCCGUCGCAGCUCACCAGAUCCUCAUGCAGCUGUGGAUGGUCAACAUAUACAUCGCAGACGGCUUCGCCACAGCAGGCACCAUUGUGGCCAGCAGCCUGGCGGGGCGCAUGGCGCAGGCGCACACCAGGGGCGAGCAUGCAGCGCUGCUGGCGGACCUGCGGCUCGUGUGCUGGCGCGUGCUGCGCAUGGGACUGAUUGCAGGCAUCCUCAUCUGUGCAGCCUACACAUCCCUGGAGCGCCACAUCGUUGCCCUCUUCACGUACGAUGAGGCCACCAAGGCACAGCUGAGGCACGUGUGGCUCUUGCUCGCGUUCAUGCAACCACUCAACGCCGUGGUAUUCGUGUACGACGGGCUCAUCUACGCGGCUCAAGCCUUCUCCUACAUGGCAGCGUGCUUGGCCGUUGGCUUUUUCACGCUCUUCCUUCCUGCCGUCUGUAAGUGCCUUUCCCAUCCGUUUCUUUGUGCUUCUCUCCUGCUAGCAAUACCUGCAGUGCCAAAUUCACCCUCUUCCCCUUCUGUUCGGUUUUCCCCUUUCUUUCCUUUUCUCUAUUCUCCGCUUUCCAUCCAUCUCUUCCAUUUCACCUGUUUCCCCCUUUUCUCUUCUUCUCCUCCUCCUUUUCCCUCUCCCCUGCAACCCUUGCAGUUUUCCCAAGCUCCUUAUCACCAAUUCCCUUGUCUCUUCCAUAUCCUCCUCUCUCCCCCAUCCUCCCCUGCACAUGCAAUGCAUUAG